UGCCUGAGUUGUGAGCUUGAGAACAAAUAUUGUUAAAGCUUUCAUAUUUGAUGUGAAAAAACAAUUUUAAAGUUAAAAGUAGCUAAAGAGGUUGGAACCCUUGUUAUUUGCUUUUUGGAAUUCUUCUACAUCUUUUUGUCCUCUUAUCAUAAAACCCCAUAACUUCUCAUCCUUCUCUAUUGUUCCACCUUCAGAAGUCCUGAGCCUUCUCUCUCUCGGAUCUUCUCUCAGUGCUGUCGUGGCUGGUCAUCCUUUGUUUUUUUUUUCCCUCCUUUUCUGGGUGAAAGAUUAGUCAAGUGAUCAAUUUUCGAGUUAUAUAUCAAGUUGAAGAGAAGUUGAAAAGGAAAUGGUUUCAUUGCCUCCUGGUUUCAGGUUUCAUCCCACAGACGAAGAACUUGUUGCUUACUAUUUGAAAAGAAAGAUCAAUGGUCGUAAAAUAGAACUUGAGAUCAUUCCUGAAGUUGAUCUUUACAAAUGUGAGCCUUGGGAUCUACCGGGGAAGUCACUAUUGCCUAGUAAAGAUCUUGAAUGGUAUUUCUUCAGUCCCUGUAAUCGUAAAUAUCCGAAUGGAUCGAGGACUAACCGGGCAACGAAAGCCGGAUACUGGAAAGCUACCGGAAAAGAUCGGAAAGUGAAUUCUGAGAUGAGAGCUGUAGGAAUGAAGAAAACAUUAGUAUAUUACAGAGGAAGAGCACCUCACGGAGCUAGAACUCAUUGGGUUAUGCAUGAAUAUCGUUUGGACGAAAGAGAAUGUGAAGUUGCUAAUGGUUUGCAGGAUGGUUAUGCACUUUGCCGUAUAUUCAAGAAGAGUUUGAAUGCACCAAAAGUGGUAGAUCUUUAUUAUGAUGAUAAUAUGGAGAGCUCUGAUUAUAGAAGACCAACCCAAGGCUCUCCAUUUCAUGUUGCUGCAGCUGGUCCAAGUGAUGAUAACAAAUGGAGUCAAUGUUUGUCAUCAGAUGAAGCUUUUAGUUUCAACAGUACUACUCCAUCAAUUCCAAAUUAUGGAACAUUAACAUAUGCACCACCCAAGGUAAAUAUAGCAUUACCACCAUUGGAGGUUCAUGAUUUCCCACAAUCUGGCUAUGUUAAUUAUUCCACAAUAUUGCCUGAAUCAAGUUAUAAUAUCAAUCAAAAUACAAAUCAAACAGAUAUUGUCCAACAAAUCCUCUCAGUUACUCAAGCUUCACAAGAUCAUAUAAAUGAAGAUUCAUUUGGUGGAAAUUAUACUCCAGCAGCUGAUGAUUUUUCAUUUCUUCCUCAUAAUGAUAACCAAAUUCAUGACUUGGGUUCGUUCAAUUUUGAUGAAGAUUUUAAAUCUGAUAGAAUUGUAGAAAAUUUGAGAUGGAUAGGAAUGUCGGACAUGGAUCUUGAGAAGGCAUUUCUUGAGGACUACAAGACGGUUCCAAUAGAUAAUGUUUCAGGUGUCUUGAAAGAAGAAUACGAGCUUGAAGGAGACACAAGUGGUCACAACAGCAGCUUCAAUGAAUUCAUAAAAAAAACAGAAGACUUUUCAUCAGAAUUUGGCAAUGACUUUGAAGUUUAUGAGAAGAUUGAAGUCAACCAUAGGAUGUUUAUAGCUACUCAGCAAGCAGCCAAGACGUUCUAUUAUCAAGUUGUUCCUUCUACAACUGUCACAGUUCAUCGAAAUCUUGUUAAAUCUGACUUAGUAAAAAUACCUCAAAAUACACCUUUUUUUGAUUGUUUUUUGAGGAAAAAGCUAUUGAUCACUAGGCCUUGGUUAAGAGCAGUAAGCACAUUGGUUGGUGUGAUUGCACUUUUACAUGCUUUUUGGAUAUAUUUCAGCUUAUGUUUGGAAAAUGAAGGAUCUAUAGAAGAAAAUAUGGAACGGAAUGAGAAGAAGAAGAAAGGUCAAGAUUGUCAAUGGAGUUGCAAAGAAAAGAAAUGGCCUUAUUUCACCCUUGUAUUAGCUUUUUCUACCAUUUGGUUGCACUUCCUUAAUUCCUAUUAACUCUUUGCUUUUUUAAAAAAAAACUUUUUUUCCUUUUUUUUAAAUUUUUUUUUUAAAGAUUUUCUUGUAUUGCUAACCACAUUUGUUCUUAGGAAGCCC